UAAUGAAAUUACAUUUCUCAAAUGUUUGUGUGAAUAUAACUAUAUAGUACAUGUAACAUAUCGUCAUCAUUGACACGUAUAUUCGCUUAAUCUUUGUCGAAGCUCUGCACGGAAUGCUAUGUAGAAGUAUCAAAACAAAUAUAUAAAGAUGCUCUGUGGAAGAACAUUUAAUUCAUUAAUACUAUUUAGUUUAAGGCACAAUUUAGAAUAUGGUGUCCAAUUUUAUAGUGUGUUUCCUUCAAAUUUUGUAGAACCAAUUUAUAAGAAAGAUGAGCAAGAAGUAAUAUUUAAAGAAACAGCAGAUAAAAAAUUUGCUCAUGUACCAAUAAAACCAGCUUAUACUUCUGCGACAUGUUCUGAAUUUCAUGAUAAACUGGUUAGAAAAUUCACAAAUUAUAUUAUGAGAGAAGGUAAAAAACAGUUGGCCAGAAGAUUAUUAGAUGAAACUUUUGAAAAUAUUAAGAUAAUAAAAUUGAACGAAUAUUACAAUAGCCCACCUGAAUAUAGAGAAAAUAUCAUAUUGGACCCAAAAAUAAUUUUCUAUCAAGCUGUAGAAAAUUGUACACCUAUUUUAGAGCUACGGAAAAUAUUAAGAGGUGGAAUAACUUAUCAGGUUCCUGUACCGAUGAAUGCAAAUAGAGCUCAAUUUUUAUCUAUGAAUUGGCUAAUUCGAAGUGCACAAGACAAGGGGAAUACCGAAAAAUUUCCUGAUGUAUUGGCAAGAGAGAUUAUUGAUGCGAACAAUAAAGGACGAGUUAUUAAAAAGAAACAUGAUUUACAUAAGCAAUGUGAAGCAAAUCGAGCUUAUGCACAUUAUAGGUGGUUGUAGAAAAAAGGAUAAAAAUAAAUUUGUUUUUUAUUUGUAGUAAUAAUAUUUAUUUAAUCAAGGGAAUAAAUAUUAUUGGAGAUUAUCCAAAAAUAUUAGAAAAACUAGCUUCUUCUGUGACUUUUCCAUAUUUUGUAUACACUUUCAGUGUUUGUUUACAAGACUUAAUUUUUAAGAUUUUAUAUAACGAAUUAGAAGUAUUCAUGAAAUUUUCCGUGAAAGGAAUAAUAUCAUCAACAGUUGUCCUUAAAUCUAUUCUUUUACCCCAAUAAUUUAUAUAUGAUAUUAUAACAUUUUGAUUUCCUGAAUCAUCUUUAUCUUUUACAUAUAUUGUUCCAACUAAAUUAUUACAUGUAAAACCAAUAGUAUGUAACAUAAGGACUAACAAACAAUCUAAAAUGCACAAUGAAUUGUAUUAAUAAAGGUUUAAAUUCAACAUAAAAAUAUUA